AUGUUAGGCCAACUUGAGGGUAUCAUAGUGCUCAGUGCCGAUGGUCGACCCGUGGUCCACUCUCAUUUUGCCAAUCGGAUCCCGACCUAUCCUCUUCUUUAUUCGGACUACUUUGCGACCCUUUUGGCGGGAAUCAAUUCGGCCAAUGCGCACAUUUCUGCCUCGACGACAGCUGCUUCAACGACAGCGGGUGUAUCGGCGGUGGCUGCGCCUUGUUCGAAUCGCAUCUACUUUACCAAGGAUAUCAAACCUGUCAUUUGGGUUCCUGGCGUGCCGGAUGUCAGCCCGUUGGAUCUGCAAACCGAGUCCGAGGGAGACGACGAGGAAAAUGUCGACGACACGGCAGAAGUGUCUGCGAAUCUGGGAGAACUGUCCUUAGCUAGUCAGCUGAGUGCGCGUAUCACCGCCAGCCGUACCGCUGCUUCCAACGCAGUGUCGGAAGAUGUCAAUGUUUGGGACGAAGCCGAGCCUUCGCAUCCAUCAACGUCCGAUCCUCCAGGAACAACAUUAUCGAUAGCAGAAGAAACAACCACGAAUGCGCCUUGCCUACCAUCAUCCUCCAUUGCAACUGCAGCUGAACAGCGAGGUGAUCACGUCGUUCAGCAGGUUGCCGAAGCCCUCGCCGAGCAAGGGGCGGCACUCAUCCAGGUCGCUUCCGGACCGCUUCGCUUUCUCUGUCCCGUCUCUCGCGAAGUUGAUCCUCUGGUACCUUUAUCGUUCUUACGCUCUUUCAUUGCUAUCCUACAAGAGUACCUUAGCCAAUCUACCGACCCCACUUUGCUCACCGAAGACACCUUGCGCGACAACUUCGAUAUCGUCUAUCAACUCUUUGAGGAGAUUCUCGACACCGAUGGGAACAUCCUCACUACCGAAGUCAACAUGCUCAAGAGCCUUGUUCUUCCGCCCAACUGGGUAGGCAAGCUGGUGAAAGCGGUAGGAGUGUCGGGAUUGGCAUCUGCUGCUCCACCACCGUUGAUCUCGACGAUCCCGUGGAGACGGCCCAACUCCAAGUACACGAAUAACGAACUGUAUGUCGACCUGGUGGAGAGCUUGGAAGGCGUCGUCUCCAGAAACGGGAAACCGGUGGCUUUGGACAUUUGGGCAGCGGUGCAGUGCAAUGCGAGGUUGUCGGGGAGUCCGGAUCUAUCUUUGACAUUCAACGCGCCGAAUCUGGUGCAGGAUGAAAGUUUCCAUCCCUGCGUGAGGUGGAGGGUGUGGAGGAAGGAAAAGAGGUUGUCGUUCGUUCCACCGGAUGGAAACUUUGAGCUGGUGUCGUUUCGCGUUGGUCAGCCAUAUCUUGCGACGGCCGAUGCGGAUACAUCUGGCAGCAAGGGCCCUACAAAUGGUUUGUCCAAAGUGAUACCGAUCCAGCUGUCACAUUGUAUCGAAAUGGACAAGGGCUCGGCGACGGCGCUGAUACAGGUGCAAGCAUCGCCUCGGACCAGUGCGUCAACCCUAUCUUGUUCAUCGGUUUCCUCGCACCCGAAACCUCGUAGCCCUAGAGGUGCCGAUCCAGCGGGGACGCUGGAAGACGUUGUCGUCACCUUCGGUCUCGGACCAGGCGUCGUAUCGUUAGACGCAUCUGUCGGCGGUGCGCCACUACCCGCUACCACUUUGACCCGCUCCAUAGUUCCAUCAACGGGCGACGGCUACGGCAACUACAUCUACGACCCCUCCACCAAAAUCCUCCGAUGGACCAUACCCAAAUUGCUACCUUCCACCUCGCAGCGGCCUUGCCUCUUGAAACUCACCUGGACAACCGGAGACGCUCGUAGCCUCCCCACCCACUCGAGUGGCAUCACAGUCGGCUGGACGAACCCCACGCAAGGCUUGAGUCAUCUCAAGGUGGAUUCUGUCAACCUGACCAACACCAACACGCACGCGUACCGACCGUUCAAGGGCGUCCGUUCGUUUUCCAAGGGAAAACUAGUUUACAGAGUCUAG